UAAUAAAGAUUGACUUUUCAUAGGAGCCACAAUAUUUAGAAAUAUCUAAAAAUGUGCGUAAAUAUCUCGCGUAAUUACUAAUGCGACAUGUAUCGUCAUGAUGUAACACUAUCAGCUAAUACCGAGAAGCGUUUCUCCCCUUCCGUCGUUGUAUCUUUUCAUGAUAUCUGCGCAUGCUCUUCACACAUUUAUAACUUUCUACGUCGUGUCCGACGAAAGCGAUGAAGUGUCUCAGUUUGUCUGCAAUAUUAUUACGUUACGAUGGAUUCGUCAUUGCUUGCGUCGCCCUUUGUGUUAUUAUUGAGUACUCUGGUUGUUAUCGGCAUUUUGAAAACUGUCGCUCUGCUGCACCACACAUAUUUUUAUUGGAAAAAUAAGGGCCUACCUUACCUGCCAAAUUCCCUAUCAUCUUAUAUAACGACUUGGAAAUUGUUUCUGGGUUACACUUUUUCCGAUUAUUACCAAUAUUUGUACGACUACUUCCCAGAUGCUAAAUAUGUUGGGAUAAUGGAUUUAUUAUCGCCUGCCGUGCUUCUGCGCGAUCCCGAGCUGAUUAGAGACGUCUUGGUAAAGAAUUUUGAACAUUUCCCGGAUCAUCGCAGCUUCCUUGACGAAAGCGUAGAGCCGUUGUUUACCAAGAACAUCUUC